AUGUCGCGCGUUGAAAAUGUCCUGCUCGAGAAGCCCCGCUACCGAGAAUGCCUGAAGAACCACGCAGUGGCAUUGGCGGCCAUACCAUCGACAGCUGCAGCGAGUUCAUCCCCGCCGGAGACGACGGCAUGCUCGAGUUCCUCUGUUGUGCGGCCUGCAGCUGCCACCACAAUUUCCAUUGACGGAGACGACGGCAUACCAUCGGCAACUCUCUCGCCUUCCUCCCCCACCCUCUCGAGCUAUCUUAUGUCGCGACAUGGAGCUCUGCUUUACCCUCACGGCCGCCACCUCCAGCAGCCAGGUGGCGGCGGCCGCCUUUCUCCUCUGCCAUGUGCCCUCAUUAUCGAACGACGGCUCUCUCAACGGCGUUGCCUUUUUGCUCUGACCGCUCCGAUUCUUCUUGGAACCCGCCGCCACCUACGAACCCUUCGCUGCUACUUGUUCUUCGAUUCGUAUAGUCGGGAAGUUGCUUUAGAAGAUCAUAAUCAAGCAAGUAUGGUGGCAGAAGCUGAGGUUGUUUGUCGACCGGCCGUCGCCGUUCAGUACAUCUGCGUUCCGUCUCCGCUGUCGCCGGAGGCGGAGUCGAAGUUCUUCGACAUCUCCCCGGAGGUGCCUGCCUCCUCACCAAUCGCGAUCGACCUCUCACGCGUCGAUUCGGCUCUGAGCUGCUCGACCAGCACACAGGCCUUGAGGUCAUUUGAGACUCCAGCCCGAAACUCCGCCUUGAAAAUCCGAUCGGGCAGCCACACGGACAUGGGGCCCCGCAGAUCGAAUGAGGACCAGCACAUCUGUAUCGACAACCUGCCUGCCCACCUGGGCCCAUCCCUCCCCAGCUGGUCUGAGCCCGCCUCCUUCUAUGCAGUGUUCGAUGGCCACGGCGGGCCUGCAGCGGCCCUCUACAUGAGAAACAACGCCACCCGAUUGUUCUUUGAGGAGGCCCAGUUACCCCAGGCCCUAUCCACUGAAGAUAUUGACGAAAAAAGACGGUUCUUACAAGAUCUCGAGACCUCCCACCGCCACUCAUUCCUGGCCGCUGAUCGAGCCCUGGCGGACGAGACCAGCCCCGUGGACCCGUACUGUGGGACCACAGCCCUCACGGCUCUUGUCCUCGGGCAUAACCUAUUCAUAGCAAAUGUAGGGGACUGCCGGGCCGUUCUGUGCCGGAAUGGAAAUGCUGUCCAGCUGUCGCGUGACCACAGGCCUUCUUGUAGGAUCGAGCGAAAGCGGGUUGAGGAUUUGGGUGGGAAGAUUGAAUAUGGGUACUUGAAUGGAGACCUGGCUGUGACAAGGGCCCUUGGGGACUGGUACAUGAAGCUCCCAUUUGGGUCGGCCUCACCCCUGACUGCCGAGCCUGAGUUCGGGUUGACUUUGUUGACUGAGGAUGACGAGUUUCUAAUCAUUGGGUGUGACGGGAUUUGGGACGUGAUGUCGAACCAAGAAGCGGUCUGUGUGGUGAGGGACGAGCUCGCGCGUUGCCAGGACCCGCACCAGUGCGCACGGGAGCUCGUGAACCAGGCGUUGAUGCGGGACUCGUGCGAUAAUGUGACAGCUGUCGUCGUUUGUUUCUCGUCUCCAAACUCGUCCCAUGGUUCGACUUGUUCGCGGAGGUCGAGGUUUAGGUUCUGCAUGUCCGAGGAGGCGCGGAGCAAGCUGAGGAGCUUACUGGAAUGUGACAGCAACUGA